AAUUGUACGUAGUAUCGAUAUUUUCUGUAAAAAGCAAUUUCUAAGCCAGGAAUAAUUUGUACAAACGAUAUGUGAAUAUCAAAUACUGGAUAUUUUGUUCAUUUGGAAAAUACCGUUAUAUUACGGUUUUAUUGUUAUUAAUUUCUGCGGAAAUCAGACGGAUUAAUGAAAAGUAUGGUUUCAUACUAUAAAGCUAAUAAAUGUGAGCAUUCGUGACAGCCAUAAUGAAAUAGUUAAUAUUCUCUAGCUUAGAAGACAUUAACAAUGAGUACUUUGCAAGUUAAAGGAGGUUCCGGUCCGGCCGGAAGGACUCUAAAAACUUUGAACAAUAAAAACAACUUGGCUACCCUUUACAUGAGAAAACAACUGGACCAACUCCGAAGAGAAAACACAUUUAGUAUUUCACAUUUGGACCGUGAUAGGUUCGAAACACAUGAUUUUCUGCAACAGGUUUUACGAAAAGAUUCGGACAAACAUCCUUCUUCAAUAAAGUACUUGGGAAAAGCCGACAUAAAAGAUGAACUAAAAUUGGACAAUAUUUUAAAAAGUAAUUCGAUUAGUCCCGGUCAACCACGUCGGAAACGUCGACAUCGACGGCGAAUAAGUCCGAAACCUCCAGAGAAAUCACAAACUACACCAUUGGCUGAAGAAAUUGACGAUAAUUCCUACGAAAAACCAGAAACGCCUCGUGACAAAACGCCAAACCGACUAGAACGUCAGAAAACAUUUAGUAUUCCCAACUACAGUUCACAAACUAGUACAUGCACUACACUCCCAUCACUGGACAGGCGGGAGUCAGUUUAUUUUCAGAUAGCAUCCGGAAAUGCUGCGGAUUUAAGUAGCGAUUCCUCUCAGGACGAAAGCGAGGAGCCAACUCUUGAGGUAAAAACGAAAGAUCUGUCAACAAGACGCAGGUCGUCAUUUGUGGCAUGGGUUCAAGAAAACAGUGAAGACCAAUCAAAUAAAAUGCAGGAAAGAUUGCAGCAAAUAAAAUUGAAGGACAAUCCUCUUGAACAGAGAAGACUGUCAUUUUCAAAUUUCCUUAAGAAGCGUUUUAAAGCAACAAGGAAGUCUGUUACUCCCGCUGAACAAUUACAAGACAUUUCAGAAGACACUACUCCAGAUUGCGGGGACGUUUUCCCGCCAUUUAAUAAUUCGUAUCCUCUCGAUCCUUACACUGACCAGAUGAAAUCCUUGAUGCUAAGUAAAACAGGGAGACGAAAACCACCACUGAACGAUCGUAUAAGUUCGUUUUUUAACCGUAUUAGUAAUUUAAAAAUUCCUGUUUAUAAUUUUAACAGUCCUGCACCAAAGUUGACCGCAUUAGAGAAAAGACGGUACACGUUGCUAACGAAAGGAAUAAAGGCCGCCUUAGAUAUGUCAGGUGACGAAGAAGACUAGGCUUAGGCACGUCCUCAAUCAGGACUCAAGAGCAUAUUGUUUUUACUGUACCAUCAUAUAUCCUUUCAUUACUAUCAUCAUGACAAGUGUGUAUCUGAAAAUAAAAUAUUUCAAAUACUCAUA